UAUCGAGCGGAUAAAAUUCAGCAAACCAGCUGUUUGUUUGUUACUUCAAAACGUUUUAUUUAUUAAUAAAAUAAAUUUAUUAUUCGUAUAUACAACAAAUUAUGUCCUCACAUGCGGCUACGAAGAUUGAUCAAAAAGAAUAUUUAAAAAAAUAUUUGUCCGGCGAUAAAGUGAAGAAGAAAAAGAAGGACAAGAAGCAUAAGAAGGAGUUUGGCGCCGCUAAAGUGAAAAUCAUUGAUGACGAUGUCGCUUAUAAUCAAACGCAAGAGGAAUUCGAUGAGGAACUUAUUUUAGGCGGUGAAGAUGCGCCACAAAUUGUUGGUGAAUAUAUAGAAGAAGUUAGCAGUGCUGCAAAUGCGCCCAAAUGGCGCAGCAUUGUUGUGAAGGAUGAGCCUGUUGAAGAAAAUGUAAGCAAUUUUAAUAGUAAGCCACAAGAGGAUUUGUGGGGUCCGAAACAAAUAAAACGUAAAAUAAAGGAUGAAUUUUCACCGCCACGUCGUGAUAAAAAUAUAGACUUACAUCAGAGUACACCGGACAAUUCACCUCAAAGGCGAAAAGAUAGCGAUAAGGCGUCACGUAAGCAUAGAAGAAAUAAUACAUCGCCGGAUGAAAGUGGAUCUAGGAGAAAACGGCAUUCCCCACAUUGUCGAAUAGACAAAGACAGAAGAUAUUCAUCGGAUCAAAGCCCACCAAGAAAAACAGAAAACAUAUCGAAACAGGCGCACAGAAGUAGAAAUCAACGCACACCCGACAAUAGUCCACCUAGAAGAUGCAAUCGAAAUGAUGAUCAAAGUCCGCAGAGACGGCGUAAAGGUACUCCUGAUAAAAGUCCUCCAAGAAGACGUAAGUCCACUCCUGACAUUAGUCCUCAGAGAAGACGGAAAGGCACUCCUGAUAAAAGUCCACCGAGAAGAGAUAAUCGAAUUAAAGAAACAUUUAAUGGACGUCAACAUUCAGACCAAAGCCAUAAGAGAAACAAUUUCUCAGUUGGAUAUCGCCCAAAUUCGAGAAGAAGUCGAUCACCACAAAAAGUCUCGUCCAAAGGAAAGUAUGGUUCACCUUAUAGAGAAAUAAAUCGAUCUAAUCGAAAGCAUGUGGAUAGAUCUUCCAGUUCUGACCAAAGCCCGCCUAGAAAAGAAACCAAAAAACUCACAAAAAGUCGAAAAAGUAGAAGUAGAAGCGUUGAUUUGAGCCCACAGCGUCGUAAUAAGCGGAAUUCAUCCUCUGAUCAGUCCCCACCAAGGCGAAAGGAUUUACAAAAAAGUAGAAAGCGAAGUAUUUCACCUACUAAGAGAAACGGAAGAAAUUCAAGUGAUCAAUCGCCUCCAAGACGUUACGAUGGUAAGCGCCAAAAAAGCUUUUCACCACCUCGUAUAAAACGUGAAAAAGUUUCGCCAAAACAAUCACCAUCAAGAGUACGUCAAGUUGCUGUGAAAAAAGAGCGCUCAUCUUCGCCGCCACAAAAACAUAGUCGGUGGUCUAAGAUAGAACAGAGAGCUAGCGAAUCUCCACCACCUACACAUAAGCCAAAAGCAACUAAAACGCUUGAUGGUAAGAAAGCUGGUCUGCAAGAUGCAAAAGCACUAACACAUGAAACGGAAGAACGUCGCCGCAGAGAGGAACGCAUGUACAAUGAAAUGUCUAAAGAAGUAUCUGGCCGGGAUGCUGAGGUGCGGGUACGUAGCACGGGACGAAAGGGACAACGUGCACGUGACGCUGAGGCAGAAGACCCUGAGGUGCGGAGACGAAAAGAAGAACAUGAGCGCAAGAAAAAAGAGAAAUAUGAUCGUUGGGGCAAAGGUUUGAAGCAAGUUGAAGAGUAUCGACAACGGACUGAAGCUGAGAACUACGAAGGUAGUAAACCCUUGGCGCGCUAUGAGAACGACAAAGAUUUGGAUAAUUUUCUACGAGACCAAGAGCGCGCUGAAGAUCCAAUGUUGGAGUAUAUGCGAAAGAAGAAAAAGGAGCGUCAAAAGGAGGAGGGAUCUUUGGCCGAAAUACCCAAGUACAAAGGCUCCUAUCCAGAAAAUCGUUUCGGUAUACGUCCCGGUUAUAGGUGGGAUGGCGUUGACAGGUCGAAUGGUUUUGAAAAGAAAUGGUUUGAUGUACAAAAUGAGAAACGUGCGCUUCAAGUAGAAGCAUAUCUUUACAGUGUGGAGGACAUGUGAAGUGUGACGUUUGCGGGGCAAUAUAAUUCUGGCAUCAAAGACCAAGAUUCAGUAAAGUGGACAUUCCAUAUUGCUGUUUUAAACUUAUAUUUCUUAAAUGCAAAAAAUAAAAACAAAAUAUUUGAGAAUAAAAUUAUUUAUUGCGCAAAUACAUCUACUGCCGUUAUAUGUAAAA